UGCCGUUGGUUUGUGUGGAGCGAGGUGGGCGCCAUUUUAAUCUGGUGUCGGGAAGGGGCGGACAAGAGUUGGGGAGAUUCCUUCCAAUCAUAUACACAGCGCCUUUUUAGAAAAAAAAAGCACACACAACUCGCAUUUUAUUCGACAUCGAUCUUUCUGCGGCGUGUGUUGUGUCUGUGUGUCCACUGGCAGGUUGAGCGCGUACGUUGUGCUUCAAAAGAAAAUCGCGCCAAUCCACUUCCUUCGUCGUCCUCCGACAUUUGCGAUUUUUUUUUAUCCGAAAAUAACCACUCCGUUUGUCUACGUUUAUUUUGGUUUAAAUUUCUCCCUCAAACCAAACGGUUUUUGAUUUUACCCCCCACCGUGACCCCUUUUUUGAGUCUCGCCAACCGUCGGGCUGGAGGGUAACGGGAUGCAGAACCACAGCGGCGUGAUCCGGGGCCCGGCGGGCAACAACGACUGUCGGAUCUACGUCGGCAAUCUACCGCCCGACAUCCGCACCAAGGACAUCGAGGACGUCUUCUACAAGUACGGCAGCAUCAGGGACAUCGACCUGAAGAACCGCCGCGGCGGCCCGCCGUUUGCCUUCGUAGAAUUCGAAGACCCGAGGGAUGCCGAGGAUGCUGUAUACGGUCGAGAUGGUUACGAUUACGAUGGUUACCGCUUGCGUGUUGAAUUUCCACGGAGUGGUCGAGGGACUGGAAGAGGGGGUGGCGGUGGUGGAGGCGGUGGGCAGACACCUCGAGGAAGAUACGGCCCCCCGUCGAGGCGCUCUGAAUACAGAGUGGUAGUUUCAGGGCUUCCUCCAAGUGGUAGCUGGCAGGAUUUGAAAGAUCACAUGCGGGAAGCAGGUGAUGUAUGUUACGCUGAUGUUUUCCGUGAUGGAACUGGUGUCGUGGAGUUUGUUCGCAAAGAAGAUAUGGCCUAUGCAAUGCGAAAACUGGAUAACACAAAAUUUCGAUCUCACGAGGGAGAAACAGCAUAUAUUCGUGUGAAAGUUGAUGGUCCAAGAAGUCCAAGCUAUGGAAGAUCUCGUUCACGUAGCCGCAGUCGAACCAGAAGCCGUAGCCGAAGUCGCAGCAGAAGCCGUAGUUACUCUCCCAGACGAAGCAGAGGAUCUCCCCGCUACUCGCCCCGUCAUAGCAGAUCACGUUCGCGUAGCUAGAUUGUAAAUCCAUUGAUGGAAUUCCUUGUAGUGCACCACCGCUUUUUCCCUAAAUAGAACGGAUUCUUUAUUUUUAAAUCCACGUUAACUUGUUUUAUUCAAGUUUAGAACACAAUUUAAAUUGAUAUCCAUAUAAAGAUGGUUGCUUCUCUUCAUUGUUAACAUUCCCUCAUGUCAUUACUGAAAUCUGAUAAUUGUAUAGACAGAGUAGGUUUGGAGUCUGGGAAGCUUUCAAAAUGGUGUCAACAUGACUUGGAAUAACAGUAAACUUGCGGUAAUUUGUUAAUGUUUAUAGUUGAUUUUCUUUCAAUUGAAUAAAUCCUAAUGUGAGAAUUGUAGGAGACUAUGUAGAUAGGACUGUUGUGAAACAUUUUUGUGAAAACCUUGUGUUGUACCUUAUCUUACCUUUUCAUGUAUUUUCCUAUA